AGUCAUCCCCACUUACUUUAUUUUUAUUUGGGUAUUUUAUGAUGUGAACGUUUCAUAAUCAUCUACUUUCUAGAAUUAAAAGCCUGAAAGUUCUAAACUUUCACAGACCGUGGAAAGUGUUAUAGCAUAUCAACGUGGCUUAAAAAGUGGUUAUGCAUGGUGUAGAAUGAUAAAAGAUUCAUUCCACAUAUAUAGAACUAUUCUACAGCAUUCAAACUUCAGUGCAUCCUGUUUUUAAGCCAAGAAAGAAUCUAACUGAAUUUAAAUCCAGACAUGUGAAUAUACCAAUCAACCAGUGAUUCAUUGCACAUAAGAAGCCAAAACUACCCUGCAAAUUUUAUACAAAAGGUAACUAAUUUUACUGGAAGUAAAAAACCCAUAUAGUGGACGGCACAAAGAUAAAAGGUCAACAGGUGCCCAUCAGAAGAGGGAGUCGAAGAAAUACAGUAAAUUGUGUUUAAUAAUGAGAACAUGAUCUUAAUCUGAAGCUAUAAAAAGGGUUCUCAUGGAAACUUUGGCGAGUGAGUUUAACGAGUGCAAACAAUACAAUUCAAAAAUGAGGUGUUAUUUGGACAUAAGUAUUGGAGGAGAACUAGAAGGGAGGAUAGUGGUGGAACUGUAUUCAGAUAUUGUGCCAAAGACUGCUGAGAAUUUCAGAGCCCUGUGUACCGGAGAAAAGGGAACUGGGCCUCAUACUGGUGCUCCUCUGCACUACAAAGGAGUUCCAUUCCAUCGUUUGAUGAGAGGUUUCAUAAUACAAGGUGGAGACAUUUCUGCUCAUGAUGGUACAGGAGGUGAGUCAAUUUAUGGAUUGAAUUUUGAGGAUGAAAAUUUUAUCUUGAAACAUGAGCGCAAAGGGAUGCUGUCAAUGGCAAAUUCUGGACCUAACACCAAUGGCUCAAAGUUUAUGAUCACAACAACACGGACCUCCCAUCUAGAUGGAAAGCAUGUGGUAUUUGGAAAAGUAAUAAAAGGAAAGGGAGUAAUAAGGGCAAUUGAGCACAUUUCUACUGGUGACAAUGAUUGUCCCACGGUUGAUAUCAUAAUUGCAGACUGUGGAGAGAUACCAGAAGGUGAAGAUGAUGGUGUUGUUAACUUCUUUAAAGAUGGAGACAUAUAUCCAGAUUGGCCGUGUGAUCUGGAUGUGAAACAUGAAGAGCUAUCAUGGUGGAUAUCUGUAGUGGACUCUGCUAAAAGUUUUGGAAAUGAGCACUUCAAGAAAGGGGAUUACAAGAUGGCAUUGAGAAAAUACAGGAAGGCUCUGCAUUAUCUUGAUAUUUGUUGGGAGAAAGAAGAGAUUGAUGAGGAGACAAGCAAACGGUUAAGGAAGACAAAGUCGCAGAUAUUGACUAACAGUUCUGCUUGCAAGUUAAGAUUGGGAGAUGCCAAGGGAGCUCUAUUGGAUACCGAGUUUGCAAUUCACACUGGCGAGGAUAAUGUCAAAGCUUUUUUUCGUCAGGGUAAGGCAUAUAUGGCUCUCAAUGAUGUGGAUUCUGCUAUUGGGAGCUUUAUGAAAGCUUUGGAAUUUGAGCCCAAUGAUAAAAACAUUAACAAGGAGCUUAAAGAUGCAAAGAAGAAAAUUAUGGAUAGACAAAAGCAGGAGAAAAGUGCUUAUUCUAGGAUGUUCCAAUCUUCCAAUAGUUGAUUUACAACUGUGGCUGUAGUAAAGUAUCAAAGUGAAAUCACUGUUUGAUGAUCAUAAUUGGUUGUUUCAACACGAUUUUCAGAAUUCAAAAUUUGAAAUGUGAUCCUCUUCAGCAUCGAAUUAUUUUCUAGAUCCUUCUAUUGUAAGAGGAGGAUGUUAUAGUAUCUAGAGAAAGUGGUGGAGAGCAUGGGCUUGAGCAUAUUGGAGGCUUGUGUCAGUGUUGUAGUGAUCCAAGUAGGAGCAUUCAGCUAAUUGUAAUUAUUUUGUGAGCUUGACAUUGAAGAUAAGAGCGAUCUAAGCUAUAUCUACUCUUUGUGCUUGUUAUUGAGAUUAAUAAAGUUAUAGUAGAUGGUUCUGUUGUUGCUAUGA